AUGGGCAUCUGGUCGUCGCGGCCGGCAGCGGCGGCGGAAGGCGAGGCGGCGGUGGCGGAGGCGAAGCCCAAGGGGCUGAAUCUGGACGACCACGUGAUGCUCAAGCGCCACCUCGACGAGGUCGCCACGGAUAUAAUAAUUUCGCGCGGGUACGAGGAGGACCACACGCUCAGCAACGUCAAGAUGGUUAUCUGCGCGGCGGCGUGCGCCGUGGCGUGCGUGGCGCAGUUCUACCCGCGCAAGUUCCCCGACAACCGCGCGCUGCUGCUCGCCUGCAUCGUCCUAUAUCCGCCCCGCCGCCACCCGCCUCCCUCCCUUCCCGCCCUUCCCUCCCAAUUUCAUGCUCCAGCCAUUCCCCCCUGUUGCCCUUUUCACCAGUCGCCCACCCUUGUCGCCGUCCCUCGCUCGCCCGUUGCCUGUCUCGCGCACCGCUUGCCCACAUUGCUCACUGCUCCCACGCCCGACUCCCCUCCUCCUCUCGCCACACACGCGCUUCCCUCUCCAUGGCCUCUCGGCCUAUACCCUCCCGCGCCACCACCGCUUCGGCCACCACCGCUGCUGCUCACGCGGCCCUUGAUGGAUUCCUGUUGCCUCCCCUCUGUGGUUGCCCCUUAA